CAGGCCACCGGCCAGCCUCUCUGCCUCUCUCUCUCCCCCCUCUCUCUUCUCUUUCCUUUUCCUCCAUUUUUUUCCGUUAAAAACUUUCCGUUCACACCCGGUUCACCGAUAAACUUUUCCCUCCGGAACCGAAGCGGCCCCCGGGGCGGACAAGUAACCGGAUUACCGAGUUUCAGCGACUAGCUAGCGGCCGGACCUGCCGUGAUUCACCGCCCUGCCGGCCAGCAGCAGCGGGCCUCAACUUUCCUUCAUCUUGUUUCACUUUUUUGUUUUUUUACUCUUUCCGCCGCCGGUGAAACUUACCGGACGGUGACGUCAGCCCCGAAGGAAGUCAGCCGCCGUUACACCGGAGAAGACAACAUAAGCCCGGCCCAGGACCAGGACCGGGACCACGGCUGUUCUCCCGGCUGAACCUUCUACUUCCGUUAGUUGUUGUUUAUUGGUUGUUUUCUCCGGACCGGAGACAUGGGGACGGUGUGAACGGAUCAGCGCGUGGCUUCCACGAGACUUACGGUUUCCUCCGGUCCGGUAGAGGUGGGGUGGGCGGAGCUUAACGAUGGCAGGUGCGUCAGUGAAGGUGGCGGUGCGAGUCCGUCCGUUCAACUCCCGAGAGACGGGACGCAACGCCAAGUGUGUGAUCCAGAUGCAGGGGAACACCACCUGUAUCUCCAACCCCAAACAGCCCAAAGAUGGAGCUAAGAACUUCACCUUCGACUAUUCCUACUGGUCACACACAACGACUGACGACCCCAGCUUCGCGUCUCAGAGGCAGGUGUAUAAGGACAUCGGAGAGGAGAUGCUGCUGCACGCCUUUGAAGGAUACAAUGUGUGUAUUUUUGCGUACGGCCAGACCGGUGCCGGAAAGAGCUACACCAUGAUGGGCAAACAGGAACCUGGACAGGAGGGGAUCAUACCACAGCUGUGUGAGGACUUGUUUCAGAGAACGGGAGAAAACACAGAUCCUGACCUGACCUACUCCGUGGAGGUGUCCUACAUGGAGAUCUACUGCGAGCGGGUCCGGGAUCUGUUGAAUCCAAAGUCCCAGGGGACUCUGCGGGUUCGAGAGCAUCCCAUCCUGGGGCCGUACGUGGAGGACCUGUCCAAACUGGCUGUGACCGGAUUCACCGACAUCCGGGACCUGAUGGACGCCGGCAACAAAGCUCGGACGGUCGCGGCCACAAACAUGAACGAGACGUCGUCCAGGUCACACGCUGUCUUCACCAUCGUCUUCACCCAAAAACGACGAGACCAGAUGACCAGCCUGGACACUGAGAAGGUCAGUAAGAUCAGUCUGGUCGACCUGGCUGGAAGCGAGCGAGCUGACUCGUCGGGGGCAAAGGGCACCAGGCUCAAGGAAGGAGCAAACAUCAACAAAUCUCUGACCACGUUGGGAAAAGUGAUUUCAGCUCUGGCUGAAAUGCAGAGCAGUAAGAAGAGGAAAAGUGAUUUUAUUCCCUACAGAGACUCAGUCCUCACCUGGCUACUGAAGGAAAACCUGGGAGGAAACUCUCGGACGGCCAUGAUUGCUGCUCUAAGUCCUGCUGACAUCAACUAUGAAGAAACACUGAGCACUCUAAGGUAUGCUGACCGCGCCAAACAGAUUCGUUGUAACGCUGUGAUCAAUGAAGAUCCAAACGCCAAACUGAUCAGAGAGCUGAAGGCUGAAGUGGAACGAUUGAGAAACCUGCUGUUCUCUCAGGGUCUGCAGGAACUGCUGGAUAAUGCUGUCAACAACAACAACAAUGGCCCCGUUGGCAUCGCAGGUGUGGCCCCCUCCCCGCUGCAGCUGGCACUCAAUGCAGCCAAUGGACUCGCACCUAAGAAUGGCUCCGCCCCUCCAGCUGCAGGUGAGCCUGCGUCUGCAGGUGACGUCCCAGCUGACCCCGACCACCUGAUCGAGGAUGGAGAGGAAGGAGAGGAGGCGGUUGCCACGGAGCCCAUCAGUAAAGAGGAAGCAGCUGAGAGACUGCUGGAGACAGAGAAGAUCAUCGCUGAGCUUAACGAGACGUGGGAAGAGAAACUAAGAAAGACAGAAUCUAUUCGUCUGGAGAGAGAGGCCCUGCUGGCAGAAAUGGGCGUGUCCAUUAAAGAAGAUGGAGGAACGCUGGGCGUCUUCUCUCCUAAAGGAACACCUCACCUGGUCAACCUGAAUGAAGACCCUCUGAUGUCAGAGUGUCUCCUCUACUACAUCAAGGAAGGAUUCACCAGGGUUGGACAGCAGGACGUCGACAUUAAACUGUCUGGACACUUUAUAAAGGAGAUUCACUGCGUCUUUGUCAGUGAGACCAAUGACCAGGGAGAAGUGGUCGUCACUCUGGAGCCGUUGGUCGGAGCAGAGACGUACGUGAACGGGAAGCAGAUCACUGAUGCCGUCGUCCUCAAACAAGGUAACCGCAUCGUGAUGGGGAAGAACCACGUGUUUCGGUUCAACCACCCGGAGCAGGCGAGGCUGGAGAGGGAGCGCAGCGUCACGGCCGAUCAGCAGGCGGAGCCGGAGGACUGGAACUACGCUCAGAGGGAGCUGCUGGAGAAACAAGGCAUCGACAUCAAACUGGAGAUGGAGAAGAGACUGCAGGACAUGGAGACUCAGUACCGUAAAGAGAAGGAGGAGGCUGAUCUGCUGCUGGAGCAACACAGACUGUAUGCCGACAGUGACAGUGGCGACGACUCAGACAAACGCUCCUGUGAGGAGAGCUGGAGGCUGAUUUCCUCCCUGAGAGAGAAGCUACCUGCCAACAAGGUGCAGUCGAUAGUGAAGCGCUGUGGUCUGCCCAGCAGUGGGAAGAGGAGGGAGCCUCUCAGAGUCUAUCAGAUCCCUCAGAGGAGGAGGAUCAGCAAAGACCCCAAACGGGUCACCAUGGAAGACCUCCGCAUGCAGGCGGUGAAAGAGAUCUGCUACGAGGUGGCCCUGGGAGAUUUCCGUCACUCCCGUCAGGAGAUCGAGGCGCUGUCCAUCGUCAAGAUGAAGGAACUCUGCCGCAUGUACGCCAAGAAGGACGCCAACGAGAAGGAGAGCUGGAGGGCCGUGGCCCAGGACGUCUGUGACACCGUGGGAAUCGGAGAAGAGAGGAGCCCCCCCGCGGAGGAGGGAGUAGGAGGCGGAGGAGGAGGAGGAGGAGGAGGAGGAGGAGGAGGAGGAGAGACGGGGGAGGGAGGACAGAAAGGAAAAGUUUAUGACCUGAAGGCUCACAUCGAUAAACUGACAGACAUUUUGGAGGAAGUGAAGCUGCAGAACAACAUGAAGGACGAGGAGAUCAAAGCUCUGAGAGACAGAAUGAUCAAGAUGGAGAGCAUCAUACCUGUUCAGGACGACGACUUAAACGGCGAAGGAGACGGGUCUCCUCAGAGAGACGGGGGCAUGGGCUGCAGCGAUGGCGGGGGUGUCGGCCCCGACCUGCCAGAGGUCAGAGUUCAGCGACUGAUGGACGAGGACCCGGCGUUCAGGAGAGGACGCCUCCGCUGGCUGAAACAGGAACAGCAGCGAAUCCUGAACCUGCAGCAGCAGAACAUCACCAAGAAACUACGAGGACAGAACCAGAGCCCAGGUCUGAACACCCCCAUCGUCCCCAUCCACCUCCCGGGGACCGGCCGCUUCAUCCCUCCCCAGGAAUGCAAGCUCAAGUUCCCCUUUAAGAGUAACCCCGCCCAUCGGUUGUCAUGGGGACCAGCCAGCGCCGCUCUGCAGGCCCUGGGUUUUGGGGAGGGAGGAGAAGGGGGGGAGCAGAGGGAGGAGGGAGGAUCUGAGGGUAAAGGUUCUCCCUCACCUCCUCCUCCUCAGGGCCAGUCUCCUGCUCUCUUGCCCCUCCCCUUCCAAGUGCCGCCACCGCCUCGCAUGCGCACCCCCAGCCCUCACCGCGCUUGGCAACAACGUAACCAAGGCAACCAGGGUAACCAGGGCGGCUUCCAUUACCAUCACCAGGGCAACAACCAAAACCACCAGCGCCGCUACCGCCGCAACUCUCUGGACAGCUCCACCCAUGGCAACAUUAACUACGACAACAACCAGCAUCACAGCGGUGGCGGGGGCGGCGGUCACCAGGGGCGACCGAGACAGAGGAGGGGGGUGUCACCUGGGCCUGGGGGGGAGAGAGGAGGAGGGAGAGGAGGAGGAGGAGGAGGAGGAGGAGGAGGGAGAGACAGAGAUGGAGGCUUCCAUUAUAAUCAACGCCAGCACCAUCAGUACCACCAUCAUCCCUACUACAACCCCCACAAUGCACCAUUCCAGCCAGGACCUCACCCCAACUACCACAGCCUGCCACGCUCCGGGGCCCCGCCUCCUCCUGCUGACAUGCUGCUGGGGGCGGGGCCGCCUCCAGGGGGGUGGGGCUUCACCACCCCUCCCAGGAUGAGACGACAGUUCAGCGCACCGGACCUCAAAAACAACAAGGAGACCCCCAUCUGACCUCUGACCCCUGGAGGUCUCUGAUUGGCUGCAGGACACAGGGUGGUCCUGAUGCUGUAG